CACCGACACUUGCGCUGCCGCCCUGAGGAGCACCAUCCUCGUCACAGGGACAAGAUGUGGCUCCGAGACGAGCUGCUGAAGUCCAUCUGGUACGCAUUCACAGCUCUGGACGUGGAUCACCGAGGAAAAGUUUCCAAAUCUCAGUUAAAGGUCCUGUCCUACAACCUGUGCACCGUGAUGCGGAUCCCUCAUGAACCCACGGCCUUCGAAGAACACUUCAAAGAUGACAACGAGGGUCCUCUGUCUAAUGAAGGCUACAUGCCUUACCUCAACAGGUACAUCCUGGACAAGGUCUCCGAGGACUUCGACGUGAUCGAGUUUUACAGGAUGUGCUGGACGCUGUGCUACAAGAAGAACAUUUACCCCCAACGUCUCAUCAUCUCAGACAACGACGCCUUCAGGGUCUGGUGCAUCUUUAACUUCCUGUCAGAAGACAAAUACCCGCUGGUCAUCGUCAUCGAGGAGGUGGAGUAUUUACUGCGGAAGCUGUCGGAGGCCAUGGGGAUCGGGUGGAACGAGGAGAGGUUUGUGGACUACAAGCUGCAGCAGAACACGAAGAGCAGCCUGUCCGUGUGGGAACUGAUUGAACUAGUGGGGCUGAUUUACUUCAGCAAGGGCACGGAGCGCCAAAUUUUGUCCAUGGGCAUCAACGAGGUGUUCUCCGAGCUUAUCCUAGACAUCCUCAAGCAGGGUUAUAUGAUGAAAAAGGGUCACAAGAGGAAGAACUGGACGGAGCGCUGGUUCGUCCUCCAGCCCACCCUGCUGUCGUACUACACCUGUGAGGACCUGACGGAGAAGAAGGGGGACAUCAUUCUGGACCAGAACUGCUUUGUGGAGCCUCUGCAGGACAAAGAUGGGAAGAAAUGCCUUUUCAUCAUCAAGUGCAGCGAUAAAAGCUUCGAGAUCAACGCGUCGGACAAGAAGAAGAAGCAGGAAUGGAUCCAAGCGGUUCAGACGUGCAUCCAGCAGCAGAGGCUGGGGCUGUUAUCUCCUCACCGCGAAGCCCGGCUGAGGCGCCGGGAGCUCCGGCAGCGGCAGCGGGUGGAGGAGGACGACCUGUCAAAGAGGAUGAGGAGGCUGCAGGCGUCUAAUGAGAGCAAGCAGAAACAGCUGGAGGACAUGAGGAUGAAAAUGGAAGAGGCUGCAGCCAAAGCGACGCUGGAGGAGCUCAGGAGGAAGAAGAAUCAGUCAGACCUGCAGGAUCGCUACAGAAUGGACUUGGAAAGAGAAAAAAUGGUGCGACAGCAGAUGGAGGAGCAGGUGGCUCAGAAGUCCAGUGAGCUGGAGCAGUACCUGCAGCGGGUCCGAGAGCUGGAGGAGCUGUACCACCGACUCGAGGAGGCCUUGGAAGAUGAGAGGCAGGCCAAGCAGGAUGAGGAGGCUGCGAGGAAGCUGCAGACCAGGCUGCUGGAGCAAGAGGCAGCAAAGAGAGCAGAGCUGGAGCAGAUCUACCUGCAGCAGCAGAGAACGCUAUCUCAGACGGAGGCGGAGAAGGAGGAGCUGAGGGCGGAGCAGCUGGCCAAAGAGAGGGAGCUUCAGGCAGCGACGCAGCUGCUGGAGAGGCUGGAGAGUGAACGUCACGGAGCCCUGGAGCAGUAUCAGGAGGUGUCGAGGAAACUUGAGAGAGCAGCUAACAAAACUAAAACCUGGAAAGACAAAGUGGCCAAACAAGAAGGGCUGGUGCGUCUCAUCCAGCCUGGUCACAAAGGACCUCAGAGGAUCACUAACUGGGGUCCGGCAUCGUUCUCCGACAUGGAGCUGGACCUGAGGAAGAAAUCCUGGCAGGAAAGUAAAAACCAGGGAGCUCAGGCUCAGUGAGCCUUCAGGAAACGUCCUGACGUGUCAGAAAUCACCUCGUCUCUAUUCAACAGCUGUCGGUAAAUUGAGUCAUACUCUGUAGUUAACUUAAAGGUGUCGAACAUUUGUUUAAUCAAUACAUUUGCAGUGGUCUCUAGUAGGAAGGAAUGCCUUGUAAGUCGUACUCGGGGUUAUAAACACCAGUGCAUUGUUUCCAGGAACUAGAAGUGAGCCACGUCACAGCUGAGCUUCAGGCGGCAGGUUUUCGAGUCUUAUUUCCUGAUAUUUGGACGUCUCGCCUGGAACUGGUUAACAGCAACGCGACUACCACUGACUUGCAACGUUUUAACUCCACAAGUGGAGUUCUGCUAAGUGGUGGACUUGCUAAUGCUAACGGUUAGCUACUAGCCGAGACAUUCUUUGCUGUUUCCUGGAUAUUAAACUAAAAACAGCUUUCCCCGUUGUGAAUCCAUGAACGUUAAGUGACAGUGUGACGUAGAUCCGUCAGGCUUUUCUAAUCCUAGAGUUUCACCAACUAUUUUCUAUCAGAAGCUAAUGCAGGAGGCAGGUGUAGGAGACUAUUUUCAUGUUCAGCCUGCAUGAAAAACUCAGAGUGAUCCGUUAUAAUCAGAAAUAAGAUAAAAACAAAAAACGUAUUUUCAGUGUUCCACACCUUUAAAACAGCAUUUUAAUUAAAUCAGUACAGAUUUGGUUAGUCCUGAUGAUGAUUAAACUAGAAAGCUGAUUCUAUUUGUCUUUUUGGCUUAACAUUUAAGUUUUUGCUAAAAAAGUUUUCCACACUGAUCAUUUUCUUUAUUUUUUACGUAUUUUUUAAAUCAUUCUUUGAUUUCUGACCUUUACCGCAUAAAUUACUAAAACUCACUGAGUCGUUUGUUGAUAUUAGCCUAUUAGCUCAGGAUGGAUGAGUGACUGAACAAUAAACUCGAUUCAAGGAGUGUA